AUGGCCUCUCACCACGUGAUCACGGUCCAGCCCCAGUUUUCAGCUGCCCCGCGGGUAGGAGAGUGGCAGACAGGGCUGCUGGACUGCUGCUCCGACUUCGGCGUGUGUAUUUGCGGAGCCUUCUGCUUCAGCUGCCUGGGAUGCCAAGUGGCCGGGGACAUGGACGAGUGCUGCCUGUGUGGCCCCAGCGUGGCUAUGAGGACCCUCUACCGCACCAGAUACAACAUUCCGGGCUCCAUUCUGGGUGACUACGCCUCCACCAUGUGCUGUCCCAUGUGUGCGCUCUGCCAGCUGAAGAGAGACAUCAACCGGAGGAAGGAGCUGGGCAUAUUCUGGUAA